AUGCAAAACUUCGGCCAUGGCGCCCCAAAUGGCUACUCGUUCCAAUACUCGAAUUGUACCGGCAAGCGCAAGGCUCUCUUGAUCGGUAUCAACUACUUUGGCCAAAAAGGCCAGCUCCGAGGUUGCAUCAACGAUGUCAAGAACAUGUCAAACUACCUGAUGGAAGCCUUUGGUUACAAGCGCGAGGACAUGGUCACAUUGACCGACGACCAGCAAAACCCAAUGAGUCAGCCCACCAAGCAGAACAUCUUGCGCGCCAUGCACUGGCUUGUUAAGGACGCCCAGCCCAACGACUCGCUCUUUUUCCACUACUCUGGUCACGGUGGUCAGACAGAAGAUCUCGAUGGUGAUGAGGAAGAUGGCUAUGACGAAGUCAUCUACCCCGUGGAUUUCCGUCAAGCAGGUCACAUCGUCGACGAUGAGAUGCACUUCAUCAUGGUCAAGAAUCUCGUUCCCGGUGUGCGCCUGACCGCUAUCUUCGAUUCGUGCCACUCGGGUUCUGCUCUGGACCUUCCCUAUAUCUACUCGACUCAAGGUGUGCUCAAGGAGCCAAAUCUUGCAAAAGAAGCCGGCCAAGGCCUGCUGGGCAUUGUUAGCAGUUAUGCUCGCGGCGACCUUGGUGGUAUGGCCAGCACUGCUAUGGGCUUGUUUAAGAAGGUCACCAAGGGCAAUGACAGCUACGAAGCGAACAAGCGCACAAAGACCUCACCCGGAGAUGUCAUCAUGUGGAGUGGCAGCAAGGACGACCAGACCUCAGCCGAUGCUUCCAUCGCCGGUCAAGCGACUGGUGCCAUGUCUUGGGCCUUCAUCGGUGCUUUGAGAAAGAACCCUCAGCAGAGCUAUGUCCAACUGCUGAAUAGCAUCCGUGAAGAGCUUGAGGGCAAAUACUCACAGAAGCCUCAAUUGAGUGCCAGUCACCCUAUCGAUACGAACCUGCUCUAUGUCAUGUAA